CCAAAUAGUGACAGUGCUCGGGAGACGACACGCUCAGCCGCUGUUGUAAAAUGCAAGAGGUGGACCAAGUGUCUCUUCUCUUCCUCUUUCAUCUUCAUCACUCUCCUGCUCUGCUCUGGCUGUCUCUAUCUGCAGCUCGCUGGCUACACUCUCUCUCUCUCUCUCUCGCACUCACUCGUUGGCUGGGGCUUGGCUGGCUGAGCAGCAAAGUGUAUUGACACAGUGGACUACCUGCUGCCUGGGGAUUGUGUGCGCUGUGAAUACUCUAUGAAUACACAGAGCUCCAAGUUGUAGUUUUGGCUGCCAGUGAAUGGCCCUGUCCCUCGGAGGAGCAACUUGAAGGAGAUAAUCAGCAGCAGAGCCCAGGACAAGCAACCGGGAGUAGCUUCUGGAAGAGGAACAGACGGAAGGAAUGGAUGCUUGAGAAAAAGGAGAGAAAAGACAGAUCGAUCCAGCUUCUCCUCAACGAGCAGCUUCUCCUCAAUGAAAAAUGUGUGAAUAAGCAACUGUUUUUCAGACAAGGAGAAAACCAAGUGACACUCUCGGACAGAGGAAGGUAACAAGAACCCCCCUCACAAUUUGUUUUUGAAUGAAUAUGCCAUCGGGUGGACACGAGGAAAGAAAGAGAUACACAGUCUUCAGUGCUUGUCUGUUAAUUUCUUAUCCGGCACAACAGUCUUUUUCUCUCUUUUUUUCUCUCAGUUUAUUUUUCUUCAGUUGGUGUCGGCUGUGGCUUGUCGCUUCUGUAUAGCCGGUCUCUGGCAGAACAGCGCUAAGGAGAAGACGACUUGUGCUGAGGGACAGAGAAAGGGGGCAUAAAUAGUUUCCCUUCCAACUUCCCGCCCCUCUCUACUUCUUCUUCUGACCUGCUUUCUCCGGACUCCAGGGGUGGUCCCCAAAUGCGAGUGGCGAGGGGGCCACAGUGUUUUGAAACAAGGAAAGGGGGUGGUGGACAAAAAUAUUCCCCUUCACGCUCCUGAGAGCAUAUGGUUUAGCGAGCGGCGGCCAGCUGCUUACUAGCCACCCGCUAAUUACGCUAACACUCGAUUCAAGUGUGCGGCAACAGGGGCAGCUCCGUGCUCCUCUGUGCUCGGAGGAGACAGUCGUGUUGCUGCUGGCUUUAUUUUGGUCCUGACUGGAGCUAUACAGAACAAUAAGGUUGCGGGCAGCCAAGUGGAUACAAAGAAGCAGUUGUUCAUGUUUUACUUGGAGCGUUGCUAAUGAAUGUCCUUACAGCUCCAGAGCUGCUGGAGCUCUAGCCCCAAGGCUCGCAGUUUAUCAGCCACAGGAGGCUGAAGGAAGAUGCUCCCCCGCCAAGUCACCAGGGGCUACUCUUGGUGAAUGCUGUGGCAGUGCAGUGGAGCCUGGGUCGUUUUGUCUUGAGGGCUGCCGGGAGACCAGUGGGAAGUAGAAUUGUGGACAAAGGCUGUAAAGAGAUCAAGGAGGCUCCUUACUGUGGAAUUACUGUACCUUUUUGAACUUUCACAUGCACAUACGUGUGGUUGGUGCACGCGGACACACACACAGACACACACAGACACGCACACACACUAGUUCACACAUACACUUUCAUACUGUAUGUUUACUCACUGCCCACACAUACAAUCUGUCGUGGUCCCCUCCCAGUGCUUGGAUUAAAAUGGAGGUAGUGUGGACAGGUGGGGGGCUGUAGGAGUGGAGGCCCAGACCCCUCUGUCCUCUUCCCACAAAUGGAUGUUAUUAGUUUCCAAAAUGAGUUGCCUGGAAACCGCUAAAAGCUUCACACCGUGUCUUUCUGAAAGCAAUUGCGACUCCCUCCUCACGGCGGAACAUAGCAGGAGUCAGAGCUGAAUCUACCAGCCAUUACCCAGUCUAUCAUUCUCUCCUCUCGUCCACUUCCCUCAUUUCACGUGUCAUUUUAAUUCUGUGGUUCUUCGGGUUCUUCUUCUCCCACCCCGUUACCCGUACCUCCCCGUCAGGGGGGAACUCUGGAAGUGGAGUAUGACCAGCUGCCAUUACCCCACGCCGCCCCUAGUGCGGGACCGGAUGUACCAACACAAGGUGUCCCUGGUGGUGCGCUACUUUAUGAUCCCCUGUAACAUUUGUCUUAUCCUGCUGGCCACCUCUACGCUGGGCUUUGCCGUGCUGCUCUUCCUGAACAACUACAAACCUGUUCACUUCACACCGGCCCAGCCUCCUGACGGUUGCAGAGGAAUGCUGUGCGGCUUUGGCGCGGUAUGUGAACGUGAUGCGGCUGACCCCUCCAAGGCGGAGUGCGUCUGCAAGAAGAUGGUGUGUCCGUCGGUUGUGGCGCCUGUGUGCGGCUCGGACUCCUCCACCUACUCCAACGAGUGUGAGCUGGAGAAGGCCCAGUGCAACACGCAGCGACGCGUCAAGGUGCUGCGCAAGGGACCCUGCGUCCUGAAGGACCCUUGCAGCGAGGUGACCUGCAGCUAUGGCAGCACCUGCAUCCAGUCAUCAGACGCCUUGUCGGCCAAGUGCAUGUGCCCGCUGAGCUGUGACGGCAAGCCCGAGCAGGUGGUGUGUGGCACUGACGGCCAAGACUACCGCAACGAGUGCGAGCUCUACAAGCAAGCCUGCCACACCCAGAAGAACUUCCGCCUGCAGCACCAGGGAUACUGCAACCCCUGCAAAGACAGCGAGAACAGUCUGAACGUGGCGUGCCGGGUGGAGCCACGUACCCGCCAGCCCCUGACCUUUGCCCCGCCAGAGUCCUGCCCACCCGUCAAUGAGCCACUGUGUGCCAGCGACGGCCAGACGUACGGGAGCGAGUGCCAUAUGACGAGGACGGGCAUGCAAAAGGGCAUUGAACUCAGGAAGAUCCACCCGGGCCGCUGCAAGAAACAAGAGGUGUGCAAGGAGGAGUGCAGAUUCAAUGGUGUGUGCCAGGUGGAGCAUCUAGGCGUGCGCUGCUCCUGCGAGCCUAUCCAGUGCGACGGGACCUACAAGCCACUGUGCGGCAAAGACGGACGCACCUACGUCAACGACUGUGAGCGCCGGCGGGCCGAGUGCCUGGCCAAAGCCCACAUCCCCGUCAAGCAGCAAGGCCCGUGUGAUCUGCACGAGCCCAGCCCGUGUCUGGCAAAGGCCUGCGAGUUUGGCGCUGUGUGUAUGGUGAAGAACGACAAGCCCGUAUGUGAGUGCACCGAAGCCUGCAUCCAGACACCUGACCCAGUGUGCGGCAGUGACGGCCACAGCUACGGCAGCCAGUGUGAGAUGAGGGCCAUGGGCUGCGCCCUGCAGAGGGAGAUCCACAUCCAGCACCGAGGCCCCUGCAACGAGGUGUGUGCCAACUGUUCAUUCGGGGCGAUCUGCGACGGGCAGUCGGGCCGCUGUGUGUGCCCGCAGGAGUGUGUAGAGUCCCACCAACCGGUGUGCGGCAGCGACGGCUCCACCUACGACAGCGAGUGUGAGCUCAAUGUGCGCGCCUGUACCAAGCAGCUUGACCUGCGUGUGCUUGCCCAGAGAGAAUGCAAGACGUGCGGCAGCGCUGUCUGUGCCUGGGGGGCCCGCUGCAUCCAGAACAAGUGCGAGUGCACGCAGUGCCAGGGCCAGGCUUUAUCGCCUGUGUGUGGCAGCGACGGCGUCACCUACGACAACACUUGCGAGCUGGGAUUGGCAUCCUGCGUCCUCAAGAAGAAGAUUGAGGUGGCCAAGCCCAGCAACUGCGACGAAGAGUGUGGUUCAGGAGGGUCGGCCUCAGGUGUUGAGAGCUGCGAACAGGACAGGUGUCGUACGUUUGGAGGCUCGUGGGACGAGGACACAGAGGAUGACCGCUGUGUCUGUGACUUCGACUGCAAUCGCGUGCCUCGCAACCUGGUGUGUGGCUCAGAUGGGAAGACCUACAGCAACGAGUGUGAGAUGAAGAAGGACAGGUGCGAAAGGCAGGAGCACCUGCUGAUCCAGAAUCAGGGACCCUGCACAGCGAUUUCAGCCACCUCUCUGCCGGAGCUGACAGCACCACAACGCUGCAGUCAGUCAGUCUACGGUUGUUGCCGCGACAAUAAGACGGCGGCCCUUGGUGUGGGACUCGCUGGAUGCACCAGUACGUGCCAGUGUAACCCGUAUGGCUCCUACAAGGGGACGUGUGACCCGUCCAGCGGCCAGUGCUCCUGCAAGCCCGGCGUCGGGGGACAGAAGUGUGACCGUUGCGAUCCAGGCUUCUGGAACUUCCGCGGCAUCGUCACAGAGAACUUGAGCGGCUGCACACCAUGUAACUGUGACGCAGUGGGCUCGGUGAGGGACGACUGCGAGCAGAUGUCAGGUCUGUGCUCCUGCAAGACUGGAGUGAAGGGCAUGAAGUGCAAUGUGUGCCCCGACGGCAGCAAGAUGGGCAUGAAUGGCUGCGACACAGGUGCUGAUGCCCCAACCUCAUGUGAUGAGCUGGACUGCAAGUUUGGCGCGUCUUGUGUUGAGGUUAACAGUCAAGCCCACUGUGAAUGCCCCUCGCCCGACUGUGACGAGAAGAACAAGACCAAGGUGUGUGGCUCUGAUGGGGUGACCUACGCUGACCAGUGCCAGCUGAGCACCAUUGCCUGUAGGCAGGACAAGCAUAUCACAGUGGAACACUUUGGCCAGUGCACAGAAAGCAUCACCGAGCCAGCCGGCCGACCCACCCCUUACCCCCCCACCCCCCGCUCAAAAGCCACCACCCCCUCCACCUCCCACGUCAGGCUCACGUCGCCGCGUCAUGGCACAUCACGCUCUCCCUGGGAUGACGAUGAAACCGAGGGGCCACCAGCCUCAUUCGUGGAGGCCCUGCCGCCCCCCAUGGACACUGAGAGAGCGCUCACCACCAACCGCCCCGUCACCACCCCCCACCACACACCUCACUCCACCACCACCCGCCUACCCAGCCACACCAGCCCUGGCUCCUCCCCUGCAGCUUUCGAGGACUCAGGGAGCGGCGAGCCCAGCGGAGACGACCAGGUGGAGGAGGAGGAAGAGGGUAGCGGCGUCAGAGUCCUGGAGGCGAGCGGAGAGGAGCCAGUUGACCCCACAGCCGCAGCCACCACCAUCCCCAUGGCGGAGGACCGCUCGUCGUGUGACAACACCCCAUUUGGCUGUUGUCCCGAUGGCAAGACGGCCUCCAGCAGCCCUGAGGGAGCCAACUGCCCCUCCACCAUGCGGUUCAACGGCUUCCUGCACUUGGACCAGGUGGAAGGCCUGGAGGUCUUCUACACCCCUGAGAUGGAGGAUCCCAAGUCUGAGUUGUUUGGCGAGACGGCCAGGAGCAUCGAGAGUGCUCUGAACGAGUUGUUCCGUAAGUCAGAGGUGCAGAAGGAAUUCAUGAGCGUCCGAGUCCGCAGCCUGGCGCCCAGCAACUCCAUCCUGGCCUUCGUCGAGGCCCACUUCGACCCAGAGACCAGGUUCAUGGUGGAGGACAUUGAAGGAGCCCUGCUCAAGCAGCUGAAGGCGGCCAAGGAGACAGCCAUUGUGGUGAAGAAGCCAGAGGAGGAGAAUAUUCGCUUCAACAACUAUGGCCUGUCCUUCCUCCCCUACUUCACCGCCACUACCACGGCUACCGCCACCACCCCCACUGCCAGCACCGCCACCAGCACCACCCUGCCGCCCCCCACCUCCCCCUUCAUCCCACGCCGUCCCCUGGGCACCACACGCCGCCCCUACCCCAGCCGCCGUACCACCGCCGCCCCCUCUCCAGUGACCACUACUACCAUGGCCCCCACUCCCACCCCUACUAUCACCCCCCUCCACAGGACCAGGCCUGUGCCCCACCACACCAAGGCCCAGCGGCCCUGCGACUCCCACCCCUGCCGCCACGGCGGCACCUGCGAGGACGACGGCGCCGACUUCAGCUGCAUCUGCCCCGCCGGGAGAGGGGGCGCCGUCUGCGAGAAAUUGAUCACAUACUUCAUCCCGUCAUUCGGGGGUAAGUCCUAUCUGGCCUUCGACACCAUGAGGGCCUACCACACGGUCCGCAUCGCCAUGGAGUUCAGGGUGGCCGAGAUGACGGGCAUCCUGCUCUUCAAUGGCCAGGAUGGCAAGAAGGACUUCCUGUCUCUCACCCUGGUCAAUGGCAAAGUGGAGCUCAAGUUCAACACAGGCUCGGGCACAGGCACACUGGUCAGUAAGGUCCAGGUGAAGCAGGGUCGCUGGCACCAGCUGGUGGUGACGAGGAACCGGCGCAACGCUGUGCUGAGCGUGGAUGACGAGCCCCACAUCGAGGGCUCCAGCCCCCCCGGCACUGACGGCCUCAACCUGGACACAAACCUCUUCAUCGGAGGGGUGCCCGAGGACAUGAUGACAGAUGUGAAGGAGAGGACCUCCGCCGGUACAGGUCUUGUUGGCUGUGUUCGCACGCUGGACGUCAACAACCUGGUGUACAACCUGCAGGAGAAGGGUGGCACCGUGCUCUAUGGCACCGGCGUAGGCGAGUGCGGCAACAACCCGUGCCAGCCCAACCCCUGCAGGAACGGCGCCUCAUGCCAGGUCAAGGAGGCCGAGAUGUUCCACUGCAAGUGCAUCAACGGCUACUCCGGUCCGACGUGCGCCGACACCCACAAUCCAUGCGAGCCUAACAGAUGCCACCCAUCAUCCCAGUGUCAGGUGCAACCAGAGGGAGGGUACAAGUGCGAGUGUCCCAUGGGCCGCGAGGGACGCCAUUGUGAGCAAGUGUCGGACAAGAAAGGGACCUACAUGCCGUUCUUUAGCGGUGACUCUUAUCUGGAGUUGAAGGGAUUGCACACCUACGGUCACGAUCUCCACCAAAAGGUCAGCAUGACGGUGGUGCUCAUGGCCAUCGAAUCCAACGGCAUGAUUUUCCACAAUGGCCAGAAGACCGACGGCAAAGGGGACUUCAUCUCCCUCUCCCUCAAUGACGGCAUCCUGGAGUUCCGCUACGACCUGGGCAAGGGCCCAGCCGUCAUCAGGAGUAAAGAUAAGGUCAAGAUGGGUGUGUGGAACACAGUGAAUCUGGAGAGGGCCAGUCGCAAGGGAGAGAUCAACAUCAACGGAAAGGACCCAGUCAGGGGAGAGUCGCCGAAAUCACGCAAGAACCAACACACCGCUCUCAACCUGAAGGAGUCUCUGUUUGUGGGUGGUGCGCCUGAUUUCAGCCGGCUAGCGAGGGCCGCCUCGCUCAAAGAUGGCUUCAAGGGGGCCAUUCAGAAGAUCACCCUGAUGGGCACGCCCAUCCUGCGGCAGGAGAACGCAUUGCACUCCAGCGACGUGGCCAUGUUCGAGGGCCACCCGUGCAGCCGGGAGCCCUGCCACAACGGGGGUCGCUGCAACCCCCUGCUUGAGAGCUACGAGUGUGUGUGCCUCCACGGCUUCACAGGCACACAUUGUCAGAACACCAUCUUUGAGAAGUCCGCCGGGGAGACGGAGUCCAUUGCCUUUGACGGCCUGACGUUUAUUGAGUACCACAACGCCGUCACCAAGAGUGAGAAGUCCCUGCUGGUGAACAAAUUUGAGCUGAGCAUCAAGACGGAGGCAACACAGGGCCUGGUGCUGUGGAGCGGUAAGGGCGUGGAGCGCUCGGACUAUAUCGCCCUGGCCAUUGUGGAUGGCCGCGUGCAGAUGACCUAUGACCUGGGCUCCAAGCCUGUGGUGCUUCGCUCGACGGUGCGCGUCGACACUAACCGUUGGAUCCGCAUCAAGGCUAGCAGAGCACUUAGGGACGGCUCUCUCCAGGUGGGUAACGAGGCAGCGGUCACGGGAUCGUCGCCCCUGGCAGCCACUCAGCUGGACACAGACGGAGCUCUCUGGUUGGGUGGCUUGGAGGAGUUGGCGGUGGCCCGCAGGCUGCCUAAGGCCUACAGCACGGGCUUUGUAGGCUGUGUAAAGGACGUGGUGGUGGACGGCAUGGAGCUCCACCUGGUGGAGGACGCCCUCAACAGCCCCAAAAUAUUACACUGUUCCGCCGCUGCGGCCCAGAAAUAGCCUGGCUAAACCACUCCCUUCAUAAACGACAUGUCUACUGCUGUAAUUAAGUUCUAUUUUUGUAUAAUUUUCAUCGCUUUUUAUAUUGGAAAAAAAUAAUACAUUGUUUUAAUUUGUUUUAUUUUGUUUUUAUAUACUGUAUUUUUGUUAUUUUUUUAUCUACGCCUCCCGUUCGUUCAUUAUCCCCCUCCUGAAAGGCCAGUGUAAAUACCGUAUGUAUAUGCGUACAUUUGUGUUGCAUCGCAAGACAAGCGAAAGUUGUAUUAAUUGUAUUUGUUAUUUUAAAACAAACGUGAUCAAAACCUCCCUAUCGCUCAUUACUUGAACACUGGUGACCCACAUUGGUGCUGUCUAUUAUUGCCUUGUCUUGGUGUCAUAUCAAACACUACCACCCAACACAGCCUAUAGACAUAACCCUAACUAUACAUACAAACAUUCCCCUGCGAGGCAAAUGCAGUAGAGACAUACUGCAGUUACCUGGGUCAUGUUCAUUAGAGCACACUGUUACAAAACGUUUGACAACAUUUUUCAACGAAAACAAGCCUGUCUAAUUGUUGUCUAAUGAACACAACCCUGGUAUCAUAGAACCCUCUGCUUGCCCCUGAUAGGACACAAGUGUAUUCCAUAUCAGUAAAUCUGUUAAGAAUGAGUUUCGGAAACCGCUUGAUCAAAAUCUUCAAACUCCUCAUACAGCGCAAAUGCUCUCAGUUGGCUCUGAAUCAAUGACUGAGUCUCAUUUUUGAAAUGCCUCGCUAUUCGCUUACCCCCCAGAGCCGAACAAAGACAAAAGUGCCCUGCAUUCCAGAACAACUUUCAUAUCAUAAUUCCAAAACAUCCAUCAAUCAAGAAAUGUAAAUAAUAAUUUACAUAAAUACAUGUAAUAAAUAUAGAGUAUAGAAAUACCUGAGACUGUGAAUAUGUAAGAUUGGUUCUCUUCUCAUGUAUUGUGAAUUCUAUUUUACAAUCAGUAAAGCUAACAAUGAUCACUAGUUGCAUGCAGUUUCUGCUGUGUUGAUUUUGUUUUGUUUUAGUUUCUCUGGAUCUUUUCAUUUUCUGAGGCAAACGUGUCAUUUUACUCUCACCUGAUUUCACUGAGCAAGAAGAACUAUUUCAUUUGGCGGGGUCCGUAUUUGAGAAUGGUGCAAAAUAACACGUUUUUACCACAACUGGCCUGAUGGAGGAGCUGUAAGAUAGGGCUAAAUAGAGGCCAGACCUAGAGGAAGAGGAGAAAUGGGACCCUUAAAUGCUCAGUCAUGGAAUGUUCAGUCAUCAAUGAAAUUCUUCAAUCUUUCAAACUUCAGAGUAAAAAUUGUUCUCAAAUUGAAAUGAAAACUGGUUUAUACUCUCGCGUUAAAAUAGUGGUCCAUCUGUUGCUGUUGGAAAGGGGAUAAUGUGAUAAGUUGGGACAUAGGGCAGCAAAAUGAAAGAAAAAAAAUUGCGAACAUAAUUGCAAAUGAAAUAAACAUACUAAUACAUGG